AUGCUCUACAAGGAACGAUUAAGAAAAUGUGUACUACAACGUAAGAUCAGAAUCGGGAUAAGUAAAAAUGCUCUAAAAGGUAAGAUUAAGAAUGAAGUUAAGUCAAAUGCCUUACAAGACUGUACUGAAGGUUAUGUUAUGCUUGAUAUUUUGAAGGAUAGAGGGUUCUUUAUUACGUCCAUUAAACCGCUGCCUGACCCUGAAGAACCAUUUGAGGUUUUAUGUUAUUUGGAAUGGGGUGGAUUUACCAUAAUCCAGCAACGUGAACAUCUUUCUCAAUCUACAGAUUUCAACAAAAACUGGAUUGAAUACCGCAAUGGAUUUGGAACUUUACAUGGAAACUUUUGGCUAGGGUUGGAAAAAAUGUACAAAAUUCUCCAAAACAACAAUACAAAUGGUUUUAAUUUGCAUAUUCAUUUCUUUGAUACAGUCUAUUCACAAUGCACAUGGCAGGUAGAUAAAUUUAACCUAGAAGGCGAAUCUUCUAAUUACACGGCAAUUUUUAAAAAUGCCUAUUUUUUAUAUUCUGAUUGGUGUGAUGGGAUGUUCACCAGUUUAACUCCAGAUUCCAGACCAUUUUCUACGUUUGACCACAUCAGUUAUCCUGAUAACUUCAACUGUACUGGUCGAGAAGAGUCCGGGUGGUGGUUUGCUGAUGACGUUAACUGCUCGUUUUCCAACAUAAAUUCUAAACGUAUUGAUGAUGAUAUAGUAAUUGAAACGGCUAAUGGUACUGUCAGAGCUCGAAAAGUUAUCAUGCAAGUCAAAAGAGCGUAA